AUGUCUCUCGCUUACCUCGUGGCUUUCGUUUCUGUAACGAUAUGCGCGUCGACGCCGACGGCUGAAAAUCUCGUAAACACAGAAGUGAUAGAAUAUUUGCAGAGGUACGGUUACCUAAAAGAGGCAGAUGUAACUACUCACACGUCGAUCGAGGAUGAAAAAAUUAAAGAGGCUAUCGCAUUAUUUCAAGAAUACUAUCAAAUACCAGGUAACGGUAUAUUGAACGAUAAUACGUUAGAUCAAAUGCGAAAACCUCGAUGUGGACUUCCGGAUAUGCCACACCAGGAACACAAUACGAAUACAGUAAAAUGGAAAAAAACGCAUCUUACGUGGAACUUUCACUUAGCGGACGCGAAUACAUUGAAACUCGCGACAUACGCAUUCUUAAUAUGGGCGGCGAACACGUAUCUAACAUUCGAACGUUAA